UAUAAGUAGAAUUCGGGAGGUCUCUGUUCAAAUCAGUUUAUACUUCUAAUCUAUGGUUCAGUUUUAAAUAAUUAGAUAUUAUCAGGCUGACAACAUGGUGUUAUUGGUUCAACGAAGGGAUAGGAGAGCUUCGCCCUAACCCAUGAUAGAGAGCAGCAGUUGAACUCGUUUAGUUUGCAGCAAAUUGUCACGGUUAAGGCCGUUUGCACCCAUAAAAUGUAUUGAAAAUUGUAUUGUACCGUUUGAUAAACUACUGGAUUACGAAAACAUGGAAAUUUUGAAGAAGUUUAGAAGUUGGCUAUCUUUCAAAAAAGGAGUUUCACCAGAAACCAACACAUACCAAGAAAAUAAAGAAAGGAACACUAAUAGAAAGAAACGCAGUGUCAAACGCAACGCUGAACCAGUUUCAGAAGAAGAAAGCGUAAGAAGAAAGUGUUACAAAAAGGAAACGACAACGAAAUCAUUAAACAAAGCACAGUUAGAAAACAAGAAUUUUGAGAGCCAUACUAUUUCAACAAGCGAAACCCUCGAAUCUAAUUUAGAAGCUAAGGAUCCUGCAAGAAUUAUUAUACCAUCAAAACAGAACCAUGUGGAAGAGGAAGGCGAAGACAACGAAAUCCUAAACGACUACGAAAUUAAAACCAUUGGAAGCAUCCAGGAGAUCCGAGGAAAAUGCGAAAAAUUCGAUCAGGAAAUUGAAUCCUUCCCAGAUAUUAUGGGGAGCAAACAGUUUCUGAUGGUGGAUGAAAACCUUCAAAGUCACAUAGAAACACUAGAUAGGAUCGAUGCUAAAGACAGCACGAUAAUAAGAAAAGAAAGAAAGAGCGCAGUUAGGUAUAUAUGUUUGCUUAUAGACAGAUUGGAAAUAAUUGCUAAAAAGAAUCAUGAACAGUUGGUAAAACCAAACCAAAUGGCACUAGCUCCAAUUUCAAGAGAGCAAUUUCUAGAGGGUAAAAAAGAAGAAUAACUGUUUGUAUUAAUGUGAUAAAACCAUUAUUAUAUGUUUCUAGUCUUGCCAAUUUUCAUUGUUUUAAUUGUUAUUAAUCAUAUCUAAGUUAAUGUUAAAAAUUCUUCGCGUUGCUGUUAUGAUUGUCUAAUAGUUUUAUUUUGGUAACAAAUAAAGGUUAUUUAAUGAUUCA